AUGGGGAGCGCCUCGUCCUCCUACCGCGUCAUCUACCUGGACGUGGACGGGCGCAUCCAGAAGGUGGUGUUCAGCCGACACUGCAGCCCGUGUGACAUCAAAGAGCUGUUCUGUACUGCGCUGGGACUGCCCAGGAACACUAACCUGUCUCUGCUGGACACGUCUGGAGCCAUGGUGUCCAUCGACCCCACCAUGCCCCACAACACAGAGAGGUCGGCGUACAAGGUGGUCCCUCUGGGCGGAGGACAGCUGGCUGAUAAAGAAGAGCUGUUCCAGAAUGUGCUGACUCAGGUCGCCGAGCAGUUUUCAAGGGCGUUCAAAAUCAACGAGCUGAAGACAGAGGUGACCAACCGCCUGGCCAUGCUGGAGAAGCGUGUGGAGUUGGAGGGCAUGAAGGUGGUGGAGAUUGAAAAGUGCAGGAAUGACAUCAAAAAGCUGCGUGAGGAGAUGGCUUUGCGGAACACAGGCACCUUCCUGGAGGACAGUAAGAAGCUGACCCCCCGCAGAGACGUGCCAUCGUACCCAAAGUACCACCUUUCCAAGGAGACGGUGGAGGCCCUGAGGCUGCCCACAUUUGAUGCCUGGCAGUGGGAACCCAACGAGAUGCUGAGCUGUCUGGAGCACAUGUACCACGAUCUGGGCCUGGUCAAAGACUUCAACAUGAACCCCAUCACCCUGAAGCGCUGGCUGCUGUGUAUCCAUGACAACUACCGGAACAACCCCUUCCACAACUUCAGGCACUGCUUCUGUGUCACCCAGAUGAUGUACAGCAUGAUCUGCCUGUGCAACCUGCAGGAGAACUUCACACAGGUGGACAUUCUGAUCCUGAUGACCGCCGCCGUGUGCCACGACCUCGACCAUCCUGGAUACAACAACACGUACCAGAUAAACGCGCGCACAGAGCUAGCAGUGCGCUACAAUGACAUCUCUCCUCUUGAGAACCAUCACUGUGCAGUGGCGUUCCAGAUCUUCUCUCAGCCCGACUGCAACAUCUUCUCCAGCUUCGACCCCGAGGCCUUCAAGCAGAUCCGCCAGGGAACCAUCACUCUGAUCCUGGCCACAGACAUGGCUCGUCAUGGAGAGAUCCUGGACUCGUUCAAACAGAAGGUGGACAACUUCGACUACUCCGACGAAGAACACGUCACCUGUCUGAAGAUGGUGUUGAUCAAAUGCUGUGACAUCUCCAACGAGGUGCGACCCAUGGAGGUGGCCGAGCCCUGGGUGGACUGCCUCCUGGAGGAGUACUUCAUGCAGAGUGACCGGGAGAAGACAGAGGGUCUGCCCAUAGCCCCCUUCAUGGACCGGGAGAAAGUGACCAAACCCACGGCUCAGAUCGGCUUCAUCAAAUUCGUGCUCAUCCCCAUGUUCGAGACCGUUAUGAAGCUGUUCCCACAGAUAGAAGAGGCCAUGGUGCAGCCGCUGCGGGAGUCCAGAGACCGCUACGAAGAGCUCAAGCAGAUCGACGACGCCAUGAAUGAGGUGCAGAAGAAGAAGAGCGAGAACCUCACCAUGGGAGGCAAGAAGAAGUGA